AUGUAAAAUAAAUCAACCUAAAUAACGCUGAACUAACGUCAACAAGUUAUUGAUAGUUACAACAGCAACAACUGCAUCAAAUAAUUAUUACUAGAAAAAAUAGUAUUCAACUCAAUACAUAAAACGAACUUAUAUCUCAAUGUACACAUGUAUAAGGUUUAAUUAGUAAAUUAAAAAAAUAUAUAUAAGCAAUUAGAUUUUAGGUUAUCUUUUUGUAACUUUAAAUACCGGAUGAAUAAUAAUUGGAAUUACAAUCAAAUGCGGGGUGGAAAUAAUAGGGGUCGAGGUCAUGGUCGAGGUAGAGGUUCUGGUGGAUUUUGGCCUCAGAGAGGCUUUCGAGGUUCUAAUUGGCGUGGUUUCAAUCGAGGCGGCCCGAGACAAAACUUUGAUGGUAGAAAAUUUAAUCAACAAUGGAUACAAAAAACGAAGCGCGAUGGUCCUAGCAAAAGGCUCUCGGAACAAGAUAUUGGAGUUACGGAGUAUUUAAGUGAUCAUGAGGGUUUUAAUGGCAUUAUUAAAUCUAGAUUUUCAGAUUUUCAAGUGUCUGAAAUAAAUGAGAAAGGUGAAAUUGCCAAACUUACUGAUUUGUCUGCACCUGAGCCACCUGUAGAUGAGGAUGUAGUGGAUGAUGAAGACUUGAUUCUUAAUAAGUAUAAUUUAGAGAUCCUUCCCAUGGAAACAUGGGACAAUAUUAAUAAAUUGGCUAUAUCUCCUGAAAAACUCGAACCAGUAAAAGUGGAUGUUACUGGCAUGUCAAAGGAAGAGAGAACUAAGAUUCAUGAUGCAGUUAAGAAAGCUUUUGGUGAAAGCAUUGUUGGUAGCACUAUCACUGAAAAUGAUAAGAAGUUUGUUGUCUUUGAGAAGUAUAGGAAAGGAGUGCGUAUAGACAACAGAGUGAAGUGGGUGUGGCCUGGAGAGUAUGUUCGCUUCAUUGUGUAUAAAGAGAACUGUGACACUAUGGAAGCCGCACAACGUAUUGCAGAUCGGUUGAGAUUAAAUAUAAAGCCGUCAAUGGUCGGUUACGCCGGUACCAAAGAUAGAAGAGCGAAGACAUCACAAUGGUUCAGUCUGCGUAAAGUAGAUCCCAGGAAGAUAGUCAAUGCAUGCAAGGACUUGAGGGAAAUCCGAGUCGGGAACUUUAGCUUCAGCAAUGAUAACCUCAAAUUGGGAAUGUUAAAGGGAAAUGUGUUCCGUAUAUGUCUUCGGAACGUGACGGCGUCAGACGAGUGUAUCGAUAAUGCGUGCACGUUACUACAGAAGAACGGUUUUAUAAACUACUACGGACUGCAGAGGUUCGGGUCUCGUAUCGAUAUGCCGACUUACGAGAUAGGAAAGAAACUAUUACAGGGGAAUUUUCAAGAGGCUAUCGAGUGUAUGCUGUCGGAGUGCGAGGACGUGUUGUCGGCAUACCGCGCGGACGGGGCGCGUGCCGCGCUUACGAGAGUGUCGCGUAACGCCGGGAACGAGGCGAGAGUGUUGCGCGCGCUCGCGCUCCGCCCACACGACCUGCUCGGCGCGCUAGACAAGGUCGCGCGCAACGCGAGACUGCUGUACAUCCACUCGUACCAGUCGUUGGUCUGGAACAGCGUGGUGUCGGAGCGCCUGCGCCGCGCCGGUCGCUCAGCCGCCGUGGGAGACCUCGUGCCGGCGCACGGGCACGCGGACGAAGCAAUAGAGGAAGAAUCGGAUAAUGAUGAUAGUCAAACAGAUUUACAAAAUGACGAACCAUCCGAAGAUAGCACGACCGCCCCAAAUAAUAUACAAAAACCAGCUGAACAAACAGAUACUCCAGCUAAAAAGCUUAUACCGGUAAAGGUUUUGACCCAAGAGGACAUUGACAGCGGGAAAUACACAAUUUUCGACAUCGUACUACCGCUGCCCGGGUAUAGUGUCGAAUAUCCGCCCAACAUGAUAGAUUAUUAUAAGGAACUGUUGGAGAAAGAUGGACUGAAGCUGGACAUGAAACACAAGUAUAAGAGCUACAGUAUGUGCGGCGGGUACCGGCGCUGCGCGCUGCGGCCGCGCGCGCUGGAGUGGCGCCGCGCGCACUACGCGCACCACGCGCACGACCUGCUGCUCUCCGACCGCGACCUGCUCGACGGCCGCAGCGCGCCCGCGGACGAUGGUAAAUACAAAGCCCUGCUCCUAACUAUGACUUUACCCACGAGUUGUUACGCCACGAUGGCUCUUAGAGAAUUACUGAGAGUAGACACAUCGAGUGACAAUCAAGCGCUGCAGAAUAACUACCACGAGGACGGAAAUGAUAAAAAUAGCAAAGAUAAUAAAGAAGUUGAAGCUAAUGAAAAUGUUAGUUUGGGAGAGAAAAGGAAAAUUGAUGACGAUAAAGAUCUCGACGAUGAUUUAGUUAAGAAAACUAAACAAAAUGAUGAUGAAUAAAUAUUUAAUUAUUAUUA